AUGCCUAUCAGCCUGCCCACAGACGAGCGUCCAUCGGCGUCCAGGACGUCUCUGCAACUCCCCGGCGCACUCCGGAAACUAUUCACCGCCCGAGUACGCAAUGUCCCCGUGCCGAACCUGCUGAUCCUCGUGCUAUUCGCCUACUUCCUCGCCAAGCUCACCACCAGAUACCACCAGCUGUACACCAAAUCGUCUCUUGUGGCCACCAUGGCCACCAACAUCGUUCUGUACGGCAUUGCGGACACGCUGGCGCAAUCUAUCACCGCCUACUGCCAGCAGGCGUCGUUCCAGGAGCGCAAUUUGCCGUACAACAUCGCCACCUAUUUGGAGACACUAGUUCCGAGAAGACCGGAGGACUACUUUGUCGACUACGGCGAGGACGGCGAGAUCUCCGUCCAGCAGAUUGGCGAGACAACAGAAGCCGCCCCACCAACGUUCCAGGUGCGCCGAUUCGCCGGCUUCGUCUUCUGGGGCUUCCUGAUGUCGUUUGUCCAGGUGGUGUGGUACUCGUUUCUGAACGCCAUGUACAAGGACGUGCCGACGUUUGUGAGCGUGCUGGAACGCGUGCUGACCGACCAGCUGUGUUUCUCGCCCGUCUCGCUUGCCUGCUUCUUCACCUACGGCACGCUGGUGAUUGAGCAGGGCAGUGCAGACGACGUGAGGGAGAAGCUGUACAGGGUGUAUCUGUCGACGCUGGCGUGCAACUUCUGUCUGUGGUUUCCCGUGCAGUUUGUGAACUUCCUGGUGAUGCCGAAAAGCUUCCAGGUGCCGUUCAGCAGCGGCAUCGGCGUGCUGUGGAACUGUUUUCUGUCCCUGAGGAAUGCCACCAGCUGA